AUGCCCAGUGUGAGAACUGAAAUUGAAACCUCUGACAAAAUGGUCGUCGAUGACACUAAUAGUCUCACUGAUUCACCCAAAAAAAGGAAGUCAAAAAACACCGAAAAAAGUUUGAAAAAAGGGAAAAAAGAAAAAGAAAGACCCGGCGAGAAUAAGACCAUUAAAGAGAACUCGAGCAGUAAUAGUGUUAAAUCGAAAGAAAAGAAAUCAAAAGACGAAGUUCAGUCAUUAAAAGAAAUAUCCACAGAAAAUAACGAGCAGAAAAGUAAAAAAUUCAAAGAUGUCACAAAAAGAAAAACAGCGACGAGUAUAAAUGAUAGUGGUAGUGGCGAUGAAUCGCAGAAUAGUGUUGAAAAACCGAAAAAGAAAAGAAAAAUUGAGAAUGGAACACGUUCAGAAUCUCCUACUUCUCAAGAUAGUGUCAUGAUCGAAUCGAUUAAUAAUGAAAAAGAAACAGAAGAAGCUGAGGUCCCCGAAAAUCUGCGAUUCUCUUCUUAUCGACUAUCUCAGAUUACUAUUGAAUCUCUCAAGAAGCGCGGUGUGACUGCCUUGUUUCCCAUUCAAGCAGCAACAUUUGAUUAUAUAUUUGAUGGAAAAGAUGUUUUGGCCAGAGCAAAGACAGGAACUGGCAAAACUUUGGCAUUUGCACUUCCAAUCACUGAGCGACUCAUAAAUAGUUCAGAUUUUGCACAAUUACGAAAUCGGAGAGGCCGUGCACCUCAAGUAGUUGUAAUGACACCAACACGUGAUCUGGCCAAACAAGUUGCCACAGAGUUUGGAUCAAUCGCAUCAUCCCUGGCUGUUUCAUGCAUAUAUGGAGGUGUACCAUAUGCAGAGCAGUAUCGUGAAUUACGAGAUGGAAUUGAUGUGCUUGUUGGGACUCCAGGCCGAGUAAUGGAUCAUAUUGAUCGUGAUAAUUUGAAUUUGGCAGAUAUAAAGUUUAUUUGUUUGGAUGAAGCAGAUCAAAUGCUUGAUAUUGGUUUCGCGGAAGCUAUGGAAAAAGUAUUGCAACAUGUCAAAGAACAUAAAGAAAAAAAAGGAAAAGGUGUUGAUUAUCAAACUAUGUUGUUCUCUGCCACCGUGCCUGAUUGGGUGAAAGAAACCGUAAAGAAAUAUUUAAAAGAGGAUUAUGUUAAUAUCGAUCUAAUUGGAAAAAUGGAUAACAAGACUAAUGAAAAUAUUUGUCAUUAUGCUAUACGUUCUGCUUGGCAUUCCAGAAAAGACAUAAUUGGCGAUGUAGUCGCAACUUAUGGUGGUUCUGGAUCUUGUGUGAUCUUUUGUAAUACAAAAAAUGAUGCAAAUGAGCUUGUACUUAACGAUAAACUAAAACAAGAUGCCCAAGUAUUGCAUGGAGAUAUAGCACAAUCGCAACGUGAAGUCACAAUGAAAGGAUUUAGAGAAGGCAAAUUUAAAUGCAUCAUUUGUACCGAUGUUCUUGCUAGAGGAAUUGACAUUCCCCAAGUUGAUUUAGUAAUCAAUUGUGAACCACCAAAGGAUGUGGAAACUUAUGUUCAUCGUUCUGGAAGAACUGGUCGAGCUGGACGUCCUGGAACAGCAGUCACAUUUUUCAAAUCUCAGGAAGAAUAUCUAAUAAAUAAUAUUCAACGAAAAACUAGAAUUCAAUUCUCUAUCGUUGGCCCUCCACAACCAGUUGAUAUUGUUGCUGCAACAGCUCAGGAUGCAGUUCAAAAUUUGGAAUCAGUAAACCCGAGUAUAUUGCCAUAUUUCCAUGCCACUGCAAAAUUACUAAUCGAUAAUAAGGGUGCUAUUGAAGCAUUAAGUGCAGCAUUAGCUUACAUGACCGGAUAUAGUAAUGGAAUUAAAACGAGAUCUUUAUUAUCUGGAAAUGAGGGUUGCAUCACAUUGUUAUUUCGCUUUAGUUAUCCAGUUCGACAUGUUAGCUACGCGAGAAAUAUUCUAGAAAGAAGUUUUCCUAAUCUGAAAUCUGAUCAAGUAAAACUGAUGAGAUUGACUAAGGACGGAUUAGGAAUUGCGAUGGAUAUUUUAUCUGAAAAAGUGGAGAUAGGCAUUGGUGAAGAAGAGGGUGACUUAAUAUUAGCAGGUACAAAAUGGCAAAACACAAAGAGCACAACUUUGGAG